AUGUUCCUCAAUAAUGGCCUCUCUUCACCACUGAGCCAUCCUCCCACCACUCCAACGGCUCAUGCGCACAGUAGUGAUCAGCCUCAAGAUAGGAAGAGGGUUCACCGUUCCAAUAACAAUAACUUGCUCAAUCUUAGUAUCAGCUCUCCGCCUUCUAGUACCGACAGCAGCGGUGAUGAUUACUUGAAUCAUGAUAUAACGACGACAGAUUCCAACGUUUCUCCAAUGUCUUUACGCAAUACCUCAUCCCUCUUCCCACCUAGUCCUUCAUCAACUGUUCAAUACAAUUCGGUUCAGAAUGGUUUAGAUGAAACACAUCUGCAAAAUGAUGGUAUUACAUUUCGUGAGGAAGAACAAUGUAUGACCAACUUUAAUGCAAAAUAUAUAUCACCUGUGAGCGAUGAUGGUAUGACCUCGUACAAGUCUGGCACUAGUCGAGAUGGAGUGGAUUACUUUAGGUGCAAACGGUUGAAAUUAAAGCAAGUAUCAGCCAAUAUUAAAUUUAAGGAAAUAUUUGAGAUGGUGAAACAAAUUCCACCUCCCGUUACACUUACUUUGAGUUUAACUCCAAAGGAUAUUUAUCAAUUUAUUCCUGAUCCACCAAGAUUUAAAACCGAGCCUCAAUCAGGACUUCAUCCCAAGCAUGUGGAUUUGCACAAGUACAAUCAAAUUCGAAUGAACGAUGAAAAGACAAGAUUCAAAUUAUUUGUCCCAUCUAAAUACGUGCCUCAUUUGCCACCAUUAAAACGAUUUGAUCAAUUCAUGCCCAUAGAGACUCUGAAUAGACCUGAAGAUUUAUACAAUGCAGUACCAUUGAAUAUUCAAAAGAUUGUAUUGGAGAAUAUUCGAGUGAAAACAGAGAAAUUUCAUCAACGAAUUUCUUCCUUUCAAUAUUGCAGUGUUCUAGUGAUGAGAAACAUGUAUCUCGAUUCUCUUGUGGGUAUUAAAUUACCUCUUCUCAGAGUGUUAGAUGUACGAUUUAAUCUCAUUGCAUCCUGUGAUCAAAUGACACCCAUGUUAAAAGAAUCACCAUUUCUUGAACAUUUAGUGGUUAUGGACAAUCCAUUAGAAAAGAUUCCAAAUUAUAGACAAAUUCUCAUUGGAAAUUGUCCAAGAAUCAUUUCAUUCAAUGGACAAACUGUUUUAUUUGGAGAAAAAGAGACUUGCAACGAUUUGUAUGGAAGUGAGACUAGUAAGAGCACAUUUUCAUUCCUAAGAUGGGAUGAAAGAAUGAACAACUUGUGCGAAUCAUUACAACUGGAAUCAUGGCAACCUGAGAGUAUUACUGUAUUGUCUCUUUCCAAUGCUAAACUCUCUGAAAUACAUGUUGGGAGUAUGGUUAAUUUAUGUAAAUUAGAUGUAUCCAAUAAUCAAUUGAAAACACUUGUUGGAUGUGGAUUAGAGAGGUUGGACAAGUUGAAAGAAUUCAAUGUAAAUUAUAACCAUCUUUCAAAUGAAUUGGAAUUGAAUGUACUGACCUAUAUUCCUUCAUUGAGAUAUUUAUGGAUUUGUGAAAAUCCAUUUCCAAAAACACCAUCGACCUCUGCUAGUUCAACAACGAAUGGAGAAGAGAAUUCCUCCUCAGACGACUCGGAUCGAAUUUGGUACUUGGUUGUUUUUCUAACGAUUAACUUAAAAGGAAAUAAUAGAAAUGUUGGGUUAUUAGAAUUAGAUGAUACCAUUAUUACGAUUGAUCAUCGAUUAAAGGCCAUCAAGAAAUACUCUCCAUCUGUAACUGAUGAUGAUUUGAGACGAUUGAGAUGGAAUUACAAUCUCAUUAAUCAUUAUGGACAUCAUCAAUUGAGAAAGUUAUGUAAUGGUCAAUUCAUGUCCAUAGUUACCAAACUCGUUUUAACAGAUUGCCAUUUAACAUUGGCAGAUUUGAAUUACUUUGUGUCUCUUGAAUAUAUUGAUUUACAUGGAAAUAAUUUAUUGAAAAUUAUUGGGUUGGAGAAAUUGAAGAAUUUGAGAUUUAUUGAUGUUUCAGGAAAUCCAAAAUUAAAUAGAGAUGAAGUCACUCAAGCACUCGGAAAGUUAUCAUCUCUCAUUCACGUUUCAUUGGCAACAGAUUUAACACAAGUAUUAUAUACAAGUAGCGGUGGAAAUGACAGUACCUUGAAUCAAUCCAUGAACAGUUCGAUCAGUGUGGUGACCACUGGUGGUAGUGAAUUUCAUUCUCCUUCUAGACUCAAAAUGAAUCAACACUCUCGCUCACCUCACAAGAUGGAUCCAUCUUUACACAAUUCAUCUUCCAUGAUGAUUUUAAAUCCUCACUCUGAAAGUACAGAAUUUGUGAGAAGAUUUUCCAUUCUCAAAAUACUGUUAGAUAAGAAUGACAAAUUACUUGUAUUAGAUAAUAUUAGAAUUGAUGUUGUUGAGAGAUCUCGAGUGAUUAAAGAGUUACGAGAUUUGUCAGAAAUUGAAGAACUCAAAUAUAGAUAUCAUUUGAGUAUCAUCUUGCAAGUCGUAACAAAUCCAUUCACAGACAAGGUGAAACUUUCCUAUAGAGAUAUUGUACCUGGAAAAUUGUAUGAUCCUCAAAGAAUUACAAAAUUAUAUUUAAGAGAAUGUGGAUUGAAGGAUGUUGGUACUGAUUUAUCUCCAUUCGUUAAUUUGACACUAUUAGAUUUAUCUCAUAAUAUGAUUAAUAAUGUGUUGGACAUUGGUUUACAAAAAUGUUGUGCCAUCAAAUAUUUAGAUUUAGGAUAUAAUAACAUUUCUAACAAACUCGCUGAUAUUGUGAAUAUCAUUAACCGAAUGACUGAUUUGGAAAUGAUCUCUAUCCAUGGAAAUCCAGAAAUUGAAAAGGUUAAAAAUUACAAGAUUAAGAUAUUGAAAGAAUUGAAUUUAACUGAUUUUGAUGUCAAUCCUAAAUUAGUAAUAUUCAAUACUAAAAUUACAAGUCAAGAAAGACAAAUGAUUUGGGAAGAAAAAGUAUCACGUUCCUUAUCACCUAUAGACAUGUCCUUUGAAUCUAGAUUACAACGAAUCAUUGAAGAAAAAGGAUACAAUAAGAAAGAUCCACUCUCAAUCACUGAAAUUAAUUUGAAUGAAUCUGGUAUUAGCGUGUUGGGAGAUUUUCUCUCCAAAUUGCCUCGUGUUGAAAAGUUAUUACUUCGUGGAAAUCAAUUCUGUGAGAGAUUAUCCAAAUCAUGCAGUGGAAUUUUAUCAUUGAGAUAUUUACGAGUACUUGAUGUGAGAAAUAACAAACUCACAGAUUUGGAAGAUUUAAUUUUCAUUGUGAAUCAAAAUGUAUUUUUAGAGUGUUUAGGUGUUUAUAGUCCACCUGAUGAGAAUGACGAUGCUAAUUAUCCAAAAAUGACUGAACAACAAGUCAGACAAGCCAUCAUCUCUAGAACACCUCGAUUAGCAAAUAUUUACUGUCCAUUUUGGGAAAUUGAUGAAAAAGAAAUUACCAUUGAUGAAAUUAUGAACUAUUGGCCAUACAACAAUGACCACAUUGAAAUCUCCAAUAAUAAGAAACUCUUUCGAUUCCAUCAUAGCCUAUUUAUGAAAUAUAUUCAAUCCAUUCAAGAAUUUGAUAUUUCUCAAAUCCAAGUUCAGUCUCACACCAUUGUUUCAUUAGACUUGUCCAAUUCCAAACUAGUACAUGUCGAUUUUACGAACUUUGUGAAUUUAAAGAAGCUAUCUCUACGAAAUAAUCUCUUGGAUGAUGAUGCAUUUAAUGGUAGUGGUCUCUAUCACACUCCAAUUGAACAAUUAGAUCUUCAACAUAAUUGUAUUGAACAUUUAGAGACUAUUUCUAAAUUUAUUGAUGAAAAGAUGAACACUCUUCAUCAACUCUAUUUAAUUUAUAAUCCAUGUUUCAAGAUGAAGCAGAAGGAUCGUACUCUCAUUGCACACACGACAGAAAAUCAAGCCAUUUCUCCAGGUCUAAAUGUUUCAUUGAAUGACAUGGAACAAGUUCUAUUAGUGAAUCCAUCCAUUGUUGAAUGUUCAAGCGAAUAUAUUGCUUCAAGAAGAAAAUUAAUUUCAUUAUUGAAAUCAUCUAAAAAUCCAAAAUGGUCAUUUAUGUUAGAUGGUCUCUAUGUGAGUGUGAGUGAGAGAUGUGAAUCAAUAUCCAAACAAGUUACAAUUCAUGAAUUAGAGACCAUUCGAUUAGAAUUAAUUCUCAAUGAAUCUAAAUAUAGUGAAUUGCAAGCAAAUACCACAACAAGUAUUACACUGAAUUUCAAAGGAUUGAUUUUAUUGAACUUUGACAUCCUUUCAAAAUACCAAAAUUUAAUACAUUUAGAUUUGAGAGGAAAUUCUAUUAAACAAUUGGAUCGAAGAAUAUUCAAAACGUUACGAAAAUUGCAUUACUUGGAUUUGAGAGAUAAUGAUCUAUCAACGAGUGAACAAGAUGGUGUAUUGAAUGUCAUUGGAGAAUGUCAUUCUUUGAGAGUGUUAUACUUGCAGAGAUGUGGUAAAGACAUCUUUUUGGAACCAUUCGAAUAUCAUGUUCGAGUAUUUUCAACACUUCGAUUAUUAGUGAGUGUUGAUGAUGUAAUGAAUCCUUUUCCUCUCUCAAAAUCUCAAUUAUUAGCGAUUCAAUAUUUGGAAAAUAAUUAUCAAUUAUCACCCAAUUCACUUUCAGAUAUUGUAAUUGAGAUUGGAAUUGAAUCGAAUGCACAAUUUUGGACAGUCUUGUUAGCAUUGAGUUGUCUCGUAACAUUAUAUGAUUCAAAGAAUACGACAAAGGUGGGAAAUAUGAAUAGACAGAGUGCCAGUGUCAUGGUGAACCAAACCUCAUCAAUAACAACACGUCAUGAUGAGACUGCCAUCCUCACAGAUUCAAAGGUCCAAUCAUCCUCCAAUAAGGCUAUCACUCCACCGCCGUUAACAUCAUCCUCUAACAAGGCAUGUACACGGUCGCCAUCAUUAUCUUCACCCAACACUCUCACCAAUACUUCACAAUUUGAUUUAAUUGGACCAAAAUCUAUUCAUUUCUCUUCUAUUCAAAUUCCAAUACAAGAUUAUAGAUUUUUAUUAUUGAGCCAUGUGAGAACAUUGGAACAAGUGGAUGGAAGUCCAGUACAUUCCAAUGAAAAGAUUCAUAUCAGUGUUGAAAUUUCUAAAUUAAGAGAUUUAAUGGAUCGAAAAUAUUCAUCUUCAUUGGAUACUUCACUCUCCAUGAUUCGACCUGUAUUGACGUAUUCAACGGUCAAGAAGAGUAUUCUCGCACAAAUCAAGAAGGAAGCAGCAACGAAUGCCUUACUCUCUCAAGUCAAGAAUACAAGUAUGAUUUCAGGAAGGAUGAUUUCGGAUGAUGAAAAACGAACAACCAACACUCCAAGGAUGAAUAUUAUUGAGUCCACUAAUGGUAGUCAUGACCAUACGUCAAAAAGACUCAAAAACUCCUCUGUUGUUACCUUCGCUCAUCCCAUUCCAAUCAUUGAACCUCAAACCAUUGAUGCUCCAAUAGUACCUUCACAACAUGGAUCAACUAGUCUAUUAACGACUGAUAAGAGAUCUCAUCUCUUUUUAAAUGAUCCAUAUGAUGCACUUGUACCUUUUAAAUUUAUUCAAGAUAAUUUUGAUAAUAUUUCUAUUAUUCAAUACUACAGACAAUUAUUAAAUAUUAGAAAUCAAAUGGGAGAUGUAUUUGAAGGAUUUUUAAAUAGAAUUGAAAUGAUCCUAUUUUCAUUACAAUUAUUUGCAAUAUGUUUCUCUUUUACCAUUCCAUGGCCACAAUAUUUUACAAUGGUUGUGAAAUGGGUUGUAUUAAGUAUUGGAAGUAUUGAUUUGUUGUGGAAUACCUUUCAUGUGAAUAAUUAUUAUUUUAAAUAUUCUAUUGAAAUGAUGUUACCAUUACUAUUUUUAGUAUUAUUGUUAUGGAAUCCAUCGUUUGAUCGAUUGAAAUUAUUAUUUGUAAAGAAAUUGGGAUAUACAUUACUUUCAAGUGUUUUGAUGACCAUUAUUCUAGUAGUGAUUGGAACAUUAUUAGCAUUGACUGUAUUUCCACAGUCCUAUCAGAGUAUUCUACAAGGUAAAGCACCCAACGUUACUGAUGUUUGGAUUGUGUUAGGUGUGAUUCUCAUUCUCAUCAUUUCUUUAUGGAUCAUGUUCUUGAUUUACAUGAUACUAUUUCGAUUGAAAUACCAAAACUAUUCAUUCUUUUACUCUUACUUACUUAAAUCAAGACAACGUGUACUCUUUUUAUUAUUUACAUUCUUUUAUUUCAUUGCAUUGAGAGAUAUUAUAGCUACUUUUGAAUGUCAACAAGAUUUCAUUACCAUUGCAACUAUGAAACAUAAGAGUACAUGGAUUGAUUAUAUUGGAGAGUAUAAUACCACAAGUAGUAGUAGUAUUAGUAGUAGUAGUAGUAUUUUGAAUACAAGAAUUCAAAGUAGUAGUAUUUUGAAUAAUUCUACAACAACUACUUUGAAUUCUACUACAGUAAUGAAUAAUGGAACAGUAAUGAACAACACACUUCGAAUCUACAAAGAUGAAACAUGUCCACUCUCAUUCUAUAAUCCACUCUUAUAUCCAAUCAUGUAUUGGGUAUCGAUUGGAUUUGGUAUUUUAUAUUGUCUAUUCCUUCCACUCUUCUUCAUGAUUUUAAUUCAUAGAAAUUCAAACAAGUGGAUCCAAUCUUUGAAACAAGAUGAAAGGUUAUUGCAUUCAAAAAAGAUUCAAUAUACCAAUUGGAUCAAGAAGGAUCGAUUGGAAAAGAAGAAGAAGAAUUCAAGCAAUAAUAGUCAUAGUAGUGGUCAUUGUGCUCAACAUGGUAAUACCAAUUCAGGAGCAUUACAUCAUCGCCACACUGAUGAACAUGCAACACCCAUUCAAAACACUAGUACCAAUGAACCAUCCUCUCAACAUGUUGUUGCGAAUACCAAUGUUACUACUAUUCAUACGACCAUUCAAAACACUACCAAUGCUACUACUACGACCAAUGGUACAUUAUGUACAACCAUUCAAGAUUCCAUUUCAAAAGAAGAACGUAAACUCUUAUUGAAAUCCAUUCACAAAGAUGAACGUUUAUUAGAGAGAAAAUAUGUGAAAACCAUUCGACAAGAAGGCACAUGGGGUAUGAGUGUUUGGAUGGAAUCUUUAAAUCUUCAUCGAGGUAUUCCUCGUCAUUCCAUGAUACUUUCUCGAAUGAUUCCUCGUCAUUCCAUGAUCCUUUCUAGAAUCCUUGCUUGGUUUCAACACAUGUUUCGAUAUCAACACGUCUUGUACAUGAUGGAGAGAAUUGUAUUGUGUGUCAUUUCCUCUUUUUUAAAUACUCAUACAUGGAUUCAAGCACCUAUUGCCAGUGGAUUGUUAUUCUUAAUGGGAUUGUAUUGUAUGGUGUUGAGACCCUAUGCUGAAUUGAGUGAUUCUCUUUCCAGUGGUAUCAUUCAUUUAUUGUUAACAUUUAAUGUAUUAUUUGGAUAUUAUUUAUUGAGAAUGAAUGAUCUUGGUAAUGAGUUUGGAGAUUCUUGGAUUCUCUCUGAACAAACACAAAGUAUUGUUUUGUAUGUGGUGAAUGGAGUGGGUGUGUUGGGUGUGUGUGCAUUGUUAUUCCUCACUCCACUCGUAAGGAAAUUGAUUUGGAUGAGGAGAAAUUUAUAUGCACUUUCAUAUGAGGAUAAGUCUCAUGGUCGAUAUUCAAAUUCGACGUUUGCAUCAUCUUCUUUGCAACGAUCAAGACCACAACAACGAUUGACCAUGACAGGUUUGCAACCAAUAUCAUCAUUGAAUGAAAAGAGAUUGUCUAAGAGAAUUCAACAAGAUGCUGAAAUGAAAGAUUAUGCUUAUGAAAAUAGUUAUUUUGACAUGAUGGAUGAGGCAAGUUUUGACACCAACUUUAGCUAUUAUGGAAACUUGAAAGAUGAAAAGAAUGAAGUCAUUGAAAUUGAAUUACACUCACCCAGAGCAAACGUGUUGCAAUCCCCAAGAGCUCAACAAAUCAUUGCUCAGUCAAGUCAAUCCAAUGUUUGA